CAUAUUACCUCUGACCAUUAGAUAAGGAGAGAAGACACCCAGAUAGUUCACUCCUAGUAAGCCUAUAACAAGGAGGUAGAAGAAUGUCUUCUCACCAUUUUCAACACUUAGCACUUCUCCUUUGUAUUCUAUCUCUGGCAGUGAUAGUCUUUCUGUCUGCCCCUCUUCAAGCUGCUGCCCAGAUCAGGCUGGUUGGUGGGAGCACAAGGUGCUCAGGUAGAGUGGAGGUCUACUACAACAGCCAGUGGGGCACUGUGUGUGAUGAUUACUGGGACAUGAGUGAUGCACAGGUGGUGUGUAGACAGCUGGGAUGUGGAGGUGCUGUCUUUGCCCCCGAAGCAGCAUACUUUGGCAAUGGCAGUGGACAGAUAUGGAUGGAUGAUGUCAGCUGCUGUGGUUCUGAAGGAUCCCUUACAGAGUGCUUCCAUCCUGGCUUAGGAACACAUGACUGUGUCCAUGAUGAAGAUGCUGGUGUGGUGUGCUCAGGUAACAGCCCAAUAUCUGUUCCAGAUAUGGUUGCCAUGGUGAAAAACGACACCAGGGUCAUGAGGGGUCAGGACUGGACGUGGGGAGACGAGGAUGGAAUCCCUCCUGGUAUUGGCCGUGUGAUUGGUCAAGUGAUUGCGAUCGGGUGGAUUAGUGUGAGGUGGGACAACGGCCAUGACAACUUGUACCGCAUGGGCCACGAGGGAAAAUACGACCUCAAGCUGGCCGAGCCACUGCCCUCCGCACUGCCCUCUACAGAGUUGUGUAUACAGCCCUCUGCACUGCCAUCUACACAGCCAGCCACCGGUCAGCACCACAGUCUCAGUAAACUCACCUUCACUACAGCUCUGCAGAUCAGUCUCAGAGUGCAGACAGCUGCUCAUGCAGGAUGA